AUGAUCGCUUAAGCUGUCCCUGCACAGUUUAGAGAACAAGAUCAGUUCUCUGAAGUCCACAAACCCACACUGAUUAAGCACUGCCUCUCCGGUGUUUGGUGGUUCUGGAAGCUACAGACAUAAUGCAACCAAAAUUUAACAAGUGGCUGCCUCUUCUAUCUUUCUUCUUUUCAACUUGUACUGCAUAUUUUGCCACGCGUGAUAACUGCUGUAUCUUGGAUGCACGAUUCGGCAGCUUUUGUCCUACAACAUGCGGUGUUGCAGAUUUCAUGACUAAAUAUCAUUCGGAGGUUGAUCGGGAUCUCCAGAUCCUUGAACAAAUGUUGGUGGAUAUCUCUAACUCUUCAACAGUAACUGACAAUUUGAUACGCCAUAUCCGACAAGGGCAUGUCUCACAGCCAGCAACUCAGUCAAAUGUGAUUCCAGGUUAUACACAGAAGUCCAGACAAAUCAUUGAUGAAAUUAUCAGAUAUGAAAACGUCGUUGUGGGCCAUGAAAAUACAAUACAGCAAUUGACAGACAUACUGAUAUUAAACAAUAACAAGAUUCAGCUAUUAAAGCAGAAAACUGCUCAACUUGAGGCACAGUGUCAGCAGCCAUGUAAAGACACUGUCCAGAUACAAGAAUUAACUGGAAAAGACUGUCAAGACAUUGCCAAUAAAGGUGCACAGCAGAGUGGGCUGUACUUCAUAAAACCCUUGAAAGCCAAGGAGCAGUUCCUGGUCUACUGUGAAAUUGAUUCUCUGGGCAACGGAUGGACAGUUUUUCAGAGGAGGCUUGAUGGAAGUGAAGAUUUUAAUAAAAACUGGAUUCAGUAUAAGGAAGGAUUUGGACAUCUGUCACCAAAUGACAAUACAGAAUUCUGGUUGGGAAAUGAAAAGAUUCAUUUAAUAACAACUCAGACAACUGUUCCAUAUGCCUUGAGAGUAGAGCUGGAGGAUUGGAGUAACCAAAAAAGCUAUGCAGAUUAUGCCCAUUUCAAAGUGGGAAAUGAAGCUGAUAAGUACCGUUUGACCUAUGCCUACUUUGUUGGGGGUGAAGCUGGGGAUGCCUUUGAUGGGUUUGAUUUUGGAGAUGAUCCAAGUGACAAAUUUUUUACUUCUCACAAUGGCAUGCAAUUUAGCACACCUGACAAUGAUAAUGAUAAAUUUGAAGGCAACUGCGCUGAACAAGAUGGAUCUGGAUGGUGGAUGAACAGAUGUCAUGCUGGUCAUCUGAAUGGCAAAUAUUAUAAAGGAGGUCUUUACACUGAGAAAGAUGCUGGUCCAAGGGGCUAUGACAAUGGCAUUGUCUGGUCAACCUGGCGCCGCCGGUGGUACUCCAUGAAGAAAACAAUUAUGAAAAUAAUUCCAUUCAGCAGACUUGCAGUUGUAACAGGACAGCAGACUGGAGGAAUAAAAGAUGUUGAACUCAGAAACCGUGGAGACAUUUAGAAAGAUAAAAACAGCUGCCUGUUCAUGUAUCCUAUGGAAAAUGUUGUCAGAACUAUUGAACUUUGAGCAUAUUUUUUACAUCUCAUUUAUAAAAUAAAUUGCAGUUUCAUCACAAAAGGUGGUUAAUUUUUGUGAUAAGUAUAUAUCACAAUUAAUUAAUGGAACUCGUGGUAUAAACUCUGGUGGUGUCCACUACUUUAAUAGACUUUAAAAGUAGAUGUUAUAAAUUAUUGUGAUUGGUUUAAAACUUACUCAUAUUUAGAAUAGAUCAAUUUAAAUCAACAGCCUUUGUGUGUGUCAUGACACUGAUAUCAUUGACUGGGUUCCCACAAUGUGCUAAGCCACAGCAUAUUUAGUCAUAUCUAGCAGCAAUUGGCUGGACGUAUAUAUCAUACUAGGAUAUAUGGCUGGAUGUAUACAUUAUGUUAGACUAUAAAUCAUGGUUAACAAACUAGAACACAAUGGCUAAAGCCAAACAAAUUAGCUUAUGACUUAGAGCAAUUAUCCAACUGAACCUUUUAAAAAUAACUUGGUCUCAAUCCAGUCAAAUCAUGAGGAAAAUGGCAAUCAGCUCUGCUGGUUAUCUGGCUUCAUUAAGUGUAAUAUCUUGUAACCACAAAGAGAAUUAAAUUAGGAAUGUGGGUACUGUCUACUGAGGAUUUCAGAUUAAAUGAACAUAGCUGUUCUGAUUUAAUGUUCAUGGAAUCCUAUUUACAGACAUUAAAAAUCCAGAUUUUUCUCAGGAUAAAAAUAUAAUUGUUUAUUUUUUAUUGCAAGUUAGAGAUGUUUAAAAGAAUGUUUUUUAAAAACCAUGAUUUAUCUGGUCAAGCCACAACUCUUUUAUAAAAUGGUAGUGAGACUAAGCUCAGGCAGUAAUUUUCUCUAUCACUGGAUAACAGAUAUUCAUCAUCCACUUCUUGCAUGCAUUGCAUACAUAUAUGUGUGCAUAAUUGCACCAACUUUCAUUAGAUUUUGUAAAAGUGAAUAGCUCAAUAGUGUGGUUGACAUGUCAAAAGACUGAAUCCUGAUGUUUUCUUCAUUGUGUCUCUCUGCAGUAUAUGCAAUAAUGAUGUUGCAAUUUCCAUGUGUGAGUAAAUCUCCUACACAGGCAAAACUGUUCUAUACACGUGCUAUCAUUUUUAGUUACUUUGCAAUGUGUCUUACAUGAAUCAAUUAAAUGUGUUGCUAAUGGCUUCUCAGCUGCUAUACAAAAGCAUGGCAACAGUUUUAAAAUGUGUGCGCAUACUCAUUUAUACAACACUAUCUCAUACUAUUCAUCAAGAAAGAAUGCACUUCAGAUACAUUACAUAAUGACAAUUUGCUUGUUCUAUUAAAGAUGGACAACUUAAUGUAAAAUGCAAAUUGAUGUAUGAAUAAAAACUCCAAGUAUGCUAAUCUGA